AUGGCUGUCCUGCGGGUGAAGUUCACUAAAGGUCAAAGGGACAAGCUGGCUCAGAUGUUGUGGCUGUUGAACUGGGUCUCUGUGAUGACUGGAAUUAUUCUCUUCAGCCUGGGCCUGUUUGUAAAGGUGGAGUUCAGUAAGAAGGAGGAGCUGAUGGCUGACAGGGACUUUCAACCUGUGCUGAACUUGCUAAUUGCAGUGGGCCUGAUAGCUUGCAUAAUCAACCUUCUAGGUGGCAAGAUCUGCUACGACUGCGUGGACACCAAUAAGUUCCUUCGCUGGAAGCUGCUGAUUCUCCCCUACAUUAUCUGCUCGUUCUUCUUCACUGGCUGCAUGCUGGUCGGAGCUCUGAUGUGCUACAGCAUGCAAGAGGAACUACAAGAAUCUCUAGCAGAGGGACUUCGUGAUGUCAUGCGCUACUACAAAGACACCGACUCACCAGGCCGCUGCUUCUUAAAGCACACCAUGGACCUACUGCAGAUCCAGUUCCAGUGUUGUGGGAACAGAGACCAUAGAGACUGGUUCCAUAUACAGUGGAUCAGCAACCGUUACCUGGACAUGUCCAAACGGGAAGUAGUGGAUCGUUUACAUAGCAACGUGGAAGGGAAGUACCUGCUGGACAGCGUUCCUUUCAGCUGUUGCAAUACAAACUCACCUCGGCCCUGCAUUCAAUACCAAAUCACGAACAACUCAGCUCACUUUAACUAUGACUAUUUAACAGAGGACCUCAACUUGUGGAAGAGGGGCUGUCACCAGGCCUUGGUGGAAUACUACACCAAAUUAAUGCAUUCCACUGGCAGCACAGGGCUUCUGAUCUGGCUCUUUGAGCUUUCAAUACUGACUGGCGUCCGCUACCUGCAAACUGCAAUGGAGAACGUCCUACGGCAGGGAGACCCAGAGUCGGAGUCUGACGGAUGGCUACUGGAGAACAGCCUUGUGGAAACGGCACGCAACAACUUCAAUAUCCUCAAAAACCUUGGCAAAAUCAAUCAGAUCGACACAGCCACAAACGGAGAUCCCAACAUUGACAAACCUUCCACAGCAAUCUAUGGGCUUGAUAAUGUGCCUUCAAAAACAAUGCCUGUGGCCUCUUGA